AUGAGUUAGCCUUAAAACACUAAUAUCAAUGAGAUUUCGACCAGCUUAAAUGCUAGUCUGAUAGUCCGAAAAGAAGUCAACCCAGAUGUUCGCUAAUCCAUCUCUGUGCCAAGAAAAGCAGAAGAGUCUAAAGCCCCUGCUGCACCAGCUCCAGCUGCUAAAAAGAAGAAGUACGGGCUUUGGGAUUUUACUAAAUUCACAGUGCCUUACUUAUGGAGAGGAGGCUUUAUGAUUAGACUGCAGACGAUCUUGACUCUUAUAAUGCUUAUAGUGUCAAGAGCACUCAAUGUAACACAUCCACUUAUCUUGAAAUUUGCAAUUGAUGAAAUGUCUGGUGAGGACAAUGACCACGGGCACACUUAUAUGCUUAUUGCUAUGUACUGUGUGGUCAGAUUCCUAGCAGACUUCGCCAACAAUGUAAGAGAAAUACCUUUUGCCAAUGUUUCCGCGAGUGCUGAGAUAUACAUUGCUCAUAUGGUCUACAAUCACAUUCAGCAUCAGAGCUUGGCUUUUCACUUGUCCAGGGAGACUGGAAAGAUCAUCAGAAUAGCUUCUAGAGGAUCGCAGUCCUUCUCAUAAAUACUCAGAUAUCUGCUUUUUAACCUACUGCCCAUAUUUAUUGAGUUAGGAUUCGUACUCAUAGUCAUUCUGUCUAUCUACCCAGUGGCAUUCUUCUUUAUCUGUUUAGGUUCAGUAGUCAUCUAUAUUAUUGCAACAGGCACUAUAACAGAGUGGAGAGCUAAGUACUUCAAAUCAUAGGCAAUGAAAGAUACCGAGUAUAAUCAAAAGGCUACAGAUUCAUUGCUCAACUUUGAGACUGUCAAAUAUUUCAAUGCGGAGGAUCAUGAAGAGCAUAGAUACCUGAAUGCACUCUAAGCCUAUAAGAAGGAAAGCAUAAUAGUAGCCAGAAGUUUAAUCGCCUUAAAUAUGUGCCAAUCUCUAAUUAUAGCAAGUGGACUUGUCACUGCUUUGCUAGUUGCUUACCACAAAAUUAUCGAGCAUGACAGUGAUGGACUAAAUGUUGGAGACUUUGUUAUGAUAAAUACCUAUAUAUUACAGAUGUACGCCCCCUUAAACUUUUUGGGGACAUUCUGGAGAUUCAUCAGGCAAUCUAUGGUUGACGUUGAAAUGGUCUUUGAACUUUUAGAAGUAGACGAAUCUAUUAAGGACCCCAAAAAGCCAGUUCCUUUAAGUAUUAAGGGCGGAGAGAUAGAAUUUAGAAACGUUUACUUCACUUACGAUAAAAAAGCUCCUAUCGAAGAGAGAAGAAUGAUCAUUGAGAAUUUGUCAUUUAGAGUGCCAGCAGGUAAAUCAGUAGCUAUUGUAGGGUCAACAGGUUCAGGAAAAUCUACCAUUGUGCGUUUACUCUAUAGAUUUUAUGAUCUAGAUGGUGGUCAAGUCCUAAUAGAUGGAGUAGACAUUUCACAAAUGAAGAUCAAUGACCUGAGAUCAUAGAUUGCCAUCGUUCCUUAAGACUGUGUACUAUUUAAUGAUACCAUCAUGUACAAUAUUGGUUAUGGAGGUGUAAGAGAUCCUGUCAUAAAGAAUCUCCUAGAUAACAAGGAGAGAUCUGAGGAAUUAAUCCAACUUAUUCAACCAUCAGCUGAAAGAGCCUAAAUUCACAAGUUCAUCUUGGAAAAGGCAAAAGGCUAUAAGGAGUUAGUAGGUGAGAGAGGCUUAAAGCUCAGUGGAGGUGAAAAGUAAAGAGUAGCCAUAGCUAGAGCUUUGCUUAAAAAGACGCCUAUUAUGUGCUUCGAUGAGGCUACUUCAGCCCUAGAUACCACAACUGAAAGGGAAAUCUAAAAAGCCAUAGAUGAGGUCUCUAGAGGCGCUACAACACUAAUGAUUGCUCAUAGACUUUCAACUGUUAGAAACUGUGAUAUAAUCAUUGUUCUGAAGCAUGGAGUGAUUGUUGAAUAAGGUUCUCAUGAGUAGCUCAUUAACCUUGAAGAUGGCCACUAUAGAGGACUUUGGGAGAAGUAGAGCGAGGAGUCUGAAAGGCAAAUUGAGGAGAAGAAAAGAAAGGCUAGAGAGGAGGAGGAGUAUAAAAAGGCCUUAGAGGAUAGAAAACUAGGCAAGAACCCAGAGCUUCUAAAGAAAAUCUCCCGUAAGAGUUAGGAUGAAGGUGACUUUGAAGAGGAAAAGCAAUAGCUGCUUGAGAAUAAGAAGAAGAUAAGCAAUUAGCAAAGAGAUACCGAAGUUCUAGAUGGAGAUGAGUCAGAUUGA